UUCAAAUUUAUUUCCCUGCAGAUUUCUCGGUUCUGCAGAAACGCAAAUACAAAUCGUUCUUCUUCUUGUUUUCCUUCUACCUUCGUUCAAUAAUACCGUUUUCCGCGGCAAAUUCCUCCGCAUUCCGAUCGAAACUCGCCGGCGUAAUUUACGUCUCUCGAGCACCGUGCGGAAUUCUCUGUGUUCCAUCGAUCUCCACCGCUCGUCCCCAUGACGCCUGAAUAUGAUUAUUUGUUUAAGCUUCUGCUUAUUGGAGAUUCUGGUGUUGGAAAAUCCUGUCUCCUUCUGAGGUUUGCAGAUGAUUCAUAUUUGGAUAGCUACAUUAGCACUAUCGGGGUUGACUUUAAAAUCCGCACAGUGGAGCUCGAUGGGAAGACUAUUAAGCUCCAAAUAUGGGAUACCGCUGGCCAAGAACGUUUUAGAACAAUAACCAGCAGCUACUACCGUGGGGCUCACGGCAUUAUUGUUGUUUAUGAUGUUACAGACCAAGAUAGUUUCAAUAAUGUAAAGCAGUGGUUAAAUGAAAUUGAUCGUUAUGCAAGUGAAAACGUGAACAAGCUUCUUGUGGGCAACAAAUCUGACCUGACAGCUAACAAAAUCGUGUCCUAUGAGUCAGCCAAGGCCUUUGCGGAUGAAAUUGGGAUUCCAUUUAUGGAAACAAGUGCUAAAAGUGCCACGAACGUUGAACAGGCUUUCAUGGCCAUGGCUGCUGAAAUCAAGAAUAGGAUGGCAACUCAACCAAUGAACAAUGCGCGGCCGCCAACUGUGCAAAUUCGAGGACAGCCUGUGAACCAAAAGUCUGGUUGCUGCUCAUCUUAAAGAAAAAGGGGAGAUUGAGAUCUCUAUGAUUAGCACUGUACCCGUAUGGUCUGGUCGGUCCUUCACAUGUAAAACUCUUUCCUUGGCUUAGCUUUUCUUCUAAAGCUUUGUUUUGUUUUGUUUUCUUCUUUCCACCCUUUACUUUGUUUAAAAUUCCCAUUCUUUCAAAAAAAAAAAAAAAAA